AUGGCACGCCGCGCGUCCAAGUCGUCGCCUGCUCGCCCUCGCGCUAUCGCAGCCAGCGCCGACACAGCUGGUGCCCCUGCUAGCUCCGUAGGCGAAUCCGCCCCUGAGACCUCUAGCGACUCUGCGGCAGCCGCGGCGGGGCCUUCGCCGUCUCAAGGGCAGCGUAGUCUGCCGUCAACCGGCCGUGUGGUGCGCCGUACGCGGCAGUCGGAGCCCACGCGAGCCAGCAAACGUCUCCAGAAGCGCAACGCGAGCGACGCCCCAGUUCCCCCAGCUAGUCGCACGGCAUCGAGCGAAGGAUCGUCGGUGGAGGUCGGCCCCACGGGUGAUCCAGCGGACCUCGUCGUCGCUUCCCAGUCGUCUCCAGGAGCGAACGCAAAGGGGCAAGAACCGGCACCGAGACGCCAGGCCCCAGGCAAGCGCAAAGUUCGGAAGACGGUCGACCAUCAAACCGCUGCGCUGUCCAUUCGGCGGGCGGUCACGCUGGCGGCGGAUCCACCAUCAACGACCGAAGGUGAUCAGGAGAACUAUCCUGCAGAUACCUCACCGUCUGUGUCCACCCAGCCUCGGGCUACGGAGGGCAGUACGAAUCUAGUGUCGGUGAGCGAAGUCGUAGGCGGGCCCCUCUCCAACGAAUUCGGCUAUGCCCUCUCGCGGCGAGUCUACUGCGACCAGCGCCUCUGUGAGUAG